AUGAACGAGGAGGUUCAGCGUCUCAAGACCUUCGAGCACUGGCCGCACACUGAGAGUUCUCAUCCUGGCGUGACCCCAAUAAUCUUAGCGGCGGAUGGGUUUCACUUUUGUCCGACCCCCCAAGACCCCGACACAGUCGUCUGCUUCUUCUGCGACCUGCAGCUGGGUGACUGGGAACGAUCGGACGACGCAAAGGCUGUGCAUCGCAAGUUGUCGCCGAAUUGCCCGAUGGUCCUCGGGCUCCCAUGCGGCAACGUGCAGAAAGUCAACAACGCCUCGACCAAGUUAGAGGACGAUGCUCCUGCUCAUAUGCGACUCGAGAACGUUCUCGCGCGCAAGGCGACGCUGCUUCAAGCUGUAACGGCGCUCGAGACUUCCUUGGAAGAUGCUCGUCGGCAGAUCGUCGAUGCCAUUCAUGCCCGCAAGAAGCUGCAGCAGGAGGCCGCAGUCCUCGCCUCGGGCAUGAAGACCCGCAAGAACGAUUAA